GCGGAGGGCGGAGGGCUGCGGGGAGGAGACUCCGGGGCGGGGGCUCCAGGGCGGGGGCGCGGGGCCGGGCGGAGGGCGGAGGCCGCGCCGCGCACGCCCAGCCCCACGGCCGCACCGCGCCUCGCGGGACAGGUUGGGCGGGCGGGGCGGCGCCCGGCUCCGGGGAAUAAUGAGUGUCUGUCAGGCCGUCCCCGGGUGACUGGGCGGGGCGGGGCGGAGGCGGCGCGGGAGGCGAGGGUGGCGGGGGAAGGGCGCAGGGCGGGGUGCGUGUUUGCGCUAGUGACUCGGCCGACCCCUCCGGCGGCUGCCUCCACCCAAGUGGGUGGGGACCCGCCCAGCCCGGGCGGCCGCGGCGGCUCCCUCUCCCCUCCCUGACCCUCCCACCCCGGGUCCCAGCCUCUACUUACCCCGCCAGCCCUGGGAGGCUCGCAGAGCGAGCGGCGCCGGUGUCAUGUGACUGCCCGGAGUUGGUGCCAGGAGCCAGAGGAGAGCCAGGAGCGGAGCCGCGCGGAGCCGGGGCCCGAGCUGGAGCGCAGCGCGAGCGCCCGCCGAGCCGAGCCGAGCCGCGCCCGCCGCACGCGCGCCCGUCCCCGUCCCCGUCCCCUGCGGCCGCCACCGCCAACGCCGCCGGGACUGGAGCGCUGACACCACUGCAUCCGCGGGUUUCCAGGCAGCCCGGAUCCGGGCCUUUAUUUCUCGCCUGCAGCGCUCAGCACCGCGCCUCGAAAACAAUAGAAGACUGAGCUAGGAGACAGAUCACCGAGUGACAUGAAAACGAGACGCCUUUCCAGGCCAAACACCAGAGCACCCUAGAAAGCGUAAUUGAAAGAAUGCUCAUGUUUGACCCAGUCCCUGUCAAGCAAGAGGCCAUGGAUCCUGUCUCGGUGUCAUACCCGUCCAAUUACAUGGAGUCGAUGAAGCCCAACAAGUAUGGCGUCAUCUACUCCACACCGUUAUCUGAUAAGUUCUUCCAGACCCCAGAAGGCCUGUCGCACGGGAUGCAGAUGGAGCCGGUGGACCUCACCGUGAACAAGCGGAGCUCGCCGCCCUCUGCCGGGAACUCCCCCUCCUCCCUGAAGUUCCAGUCCUUGCACCGGAGGGCCUCGCCGGGGCUGAGCCUGCCCUCGUCCAGCCCACCCGGGAAGAAGUACUCGCCGCCGCCGCCGCCCGGCGUGCAGCCCUUCAGCGUGCCGCUGUCUAUGCCGCCUGUGAUGGCUGCGGCCCUCUCCCGCCACGGCAUCCGGAGCCCCGGCAUCCUGCCCGUCAUCCAGCCUGUUGUCGUGCAGCCCGUCCCCUUCAUGUACACCAGCCACCUCCAGCAGCCGCUCAUGGUCUCCUUGUCGGACGAGAUGGAAAAUUCCAGUAGUAGCAUGCAAGUCCCUGUAAUUGAAUCAUAUGAGAAGCCUCUAUUACAGAAAAAAAUUAAAAUAGAACCUGGGAUCGAACCACAGAGGACAGAUUAUUAUCCUGAAGAAAUGUCACCCCCUUUAAUGAACUCAGUGUCCCCCCCGCAAGCACUGUUACAAGAGAAUCACCCUUCAGUCAUCGUGCAGCCCGGGAAGAGACCUUUACCUGUGGAAUCUCCAGACACCCAGAGGAAGCGGCGGAUACACAGAUGUGAUUAUGAUGGAUGCAACAAAGUAUACACUAAAAGCUCUCACUUGAAAGCACACAGAAGAACACAUACAGGAGAAAAACCCUACAAAUGUACAUGGGAAGGAUGCACAUGGAAAUUUGCUCGGUCUGAUGAACUCACGAGACAUUUCCGAAAACAUACUGGAAUCAAACCCUUCCAGUGUCCAGACUGUGACCGCAGCUUCUCCCGCUCCGACCACCUUGCCCUCCAUAGGAAACGCCACAUGCUCGUUUGAAUGCCUCUAUCUCCCGCCUCAGCGUGGCUCCCACUCUCCCAGCUCUCUCUCUGUCCUCCCUCCCAUUAUCUAACUCAUCUUUUUACAUGUACAUUUUAAUUUUGAUUCAGCUGGUCUGAAUCUCUGAAUUUAUAUCAUUCAAACUUCCAUAUGGUCAGUAGUAAAUAUUCUCUAAUCCUCCCUCUCCUUACCACGGGUCAGACCUAAAGAAUGUGAACACUUUUUUUUUUUUUCUUUUUUUUUUUCCGGGGAUGCUAAGCAAACCCUUCUUAGAGAUAACGUUUAAUGUAAUGAAAACAAGGGAACAUGUAAACUAACAUAACCAAUUGUUUCUCCAUGUAAUCCUCAAAAGAAUGUCAAAGUAAAUGUAUUAGAAAUACAGUAUCCAGCCUGCUGGUCCUUGCCAGAGGCAUCCAGACCUCUGUGCUCUGUGAUCGAGUUUGGUGCUCCACAGCAAAAAGAAGGGUGGAACCUUUCACAGAUGAGCUAGACAUGCAACAGGCUUUCAGACUAGUACAGUCAACUCUUCCAUUGUCCUUCACAGAUCUGGCUUGUCAAUUUGGAUUUAUCGCUUCAUCUAAAUGUACGUCCUUUACCCUCCUUUGUGCCUGCAGCUACUAAGGAGGUCUUUGCCACCACUGGGAGGUGAGCCAGAGCUGCUGAUUUAGGUGGAUGACGUCUAUCAGUUGAGGGGGUGCAUGCUGUACUUGCUAGCGUGGAGUCGGAGCAAAGGGGCAUCAGCAGGGGCAGAGCAAGGCGGGCGAAGGAGGAAGCCAGCCAUUCCUGCUCGCCUAGGGCUUUUCGGUGACAGUUCAUCAUUUGGUUCGCUGGGCAGUACAUUCCCGGAGCUUCAGUCUCUAUGCACGUUCAGCUGUGCGGAACCCUACUGCAAAGCCAGAUACUGAUGGGGUUCUCCAUGCACCUGUCUCUGUUUCUACAAUGUCCUUAAUGUGGAUUACCAAGCAUUGAUAGGGGUGCCACAAAAAUAUUUGCUCAGUAAUGGGAAAAAAUCUUUUGGGUAAGGGUAUGAAUGGUCUUCUUUAAUGGCCUUCUUUUACCCCACCUACUUAACAGCUUUUCUGCAAACAGGGAAACGUUGAGUGGUAAUUGUAUUCCCCUAUCAAAUUAAUCACGGAGGCUUCAUAUGGAGACUUUUCUGUGUGAGCUGUAAGGUGCCAAACUGGCUGUCAUCUGUGUUCAUGACGCAUAUCAUAAAUAAGCAUCUGCUAAUGCUUUAGUAGAUUCCUUCAAUUUAAGACCUGAGUGACACUAUUUGUAAAUAUAAAUAGUUGUGAAGCACACAUACCUUUCUUGGGGGACAGAUUUCUGAAAAAUCUAGAAAACCACAGUUCAGGGAUUCAUAAAUGUAGCUCAAAUUCCCAAAUGUUUACUGUUGGAGCUGGCAAUCUCCUAUCACUAUCAAGUAUCCUGUCAGAAGAACAAACUGAAAAUGACUCGUGUUUAUGUUGAAGAUUAAUAGCACCAUUAUUUAGGGGAAGUUUUUCAAAAGCAGGCUUUUGAGCACUAUAGUGUAAAUGCCAGUAAAAAUAAUUUAUGUGUAGAAAUGCCAUUGGUCCUAAAUUUGAAGAAAGUGGGCGACGGUGGUGUAGUGUGGGUGCAUUUGAGCAAAUGCACCUUCAUCCCUCGAUAAAGGAUGGAGGAGCAGAGAGAAGAAUGGAAUCCUGAACAUUCAUCCCAGCCACAACUCAGGAUCCAACACAACCUUAACUGGGAGGAAUACACUGUUCAAUUGUUUUUAAGACAGUGCAUGAGUGAUUCUGGAGGCCUGCGAAUUGUGUGGGGAGCUUACUUUGAUGGCGCCGUGUUAAUAAAAGUUAGUUGUAGGGACUGCACACCUAAGAGAUCCCGCUCGUAAGCCCUCAGAUCCAACUGAAAGGAGAUGUAGUUGAGAAAUGCAAAGUAAUUUGUUAUUGUGGCACUUGGUUUUUCUUUUUUCUUUUUAAGCACUGCAAAAUUUGUUUAGAAUAUUAAAACAUCCUUAUGAGGCUUUUUUUUUUUUUUUUGCAACUAUGACAUGAAUUGAGGGAUUAAAAAAAAAUGGCUCUUGGAAAAGUAGGUAUUGUCUGUAUUGUAGAUGCUUAGUCACAUUCAUGCCAAAAUGUUUAUUGCUUGAAAUGGUUCUUCCACAGCACACCGAAGAAUUAAGUUGGAGUGCAAAGAACAUUUUUGUUUUAAUGGAGAUAACCAGUUUGUGUGUGUUCUAACCCACCUUGAAGGUGGGAAAAGGGGCAAGAAAGGACAGAAUUGAUCUUUGAAUAAUUAGCUGUGAGUCUGAGUCCAGCUGAUAGAAAGCUUCGUGGGUUCUCAUGAAAUUUGAUGUGUAUGCUAUGGCAUAUUGACAUUUUUUUUUCAGAAAAGCAAGCAAGACCCUGCAAAGACUAUUACAUUACUAUUCAGCUUGCUUAGAUUAUGCUAACAGUUCAUUAACAAAGAUACAUUUCAACCCUGAAAGAAAAGCAACCCAGGAAGCUAUUCUCUGUUCUCAUGCUGGUCUGUAUACUUUAGUUACCAAUUGGCUCUUAACCAAAUUUUCUUUUUUUAUAUAUAUUUGUAUGUUACUAUGAUAGUUGAGAAAUUUAGUCUCUUAGUAAUUUUUAGCUGUUAUUGUGGAAGACCUCCAAUACAAGAUAAGGUACCCUUGAACGUGUGGUUUUAAUGAUAUGCCAUGUUACUAUCAAUGGUGAUUUUAAUUGCAAUAUUUUAAAUUGAUGAGAAUGAUUUGUAAACAUGGAGUUAGUGUUGUGUAAAUUCUGUUUAUUAUAGAAUUUCUUUCAUUAUUAUCCAAGUGUCAUCCUGGGGGAGAAGUCAGAAAAAUUAAAUCUGUAACCAUCAUAUUUUAGAGUUCUAAAGUGUGAAUCUACAUCGCAAAUGGGCAUUAACAUUCUAAAUCGCCUGGUUUUGAGAACGUGUUAGCAGCAUAGAUAGCUAUGUUCAACUAAGGAAAUGCUAAAUAUCAGAAGUUUCAAGAGCCUUAGAACAGAUUUACAGGGGAACUAUAUAUGAAUGUGUAUAUUUUAUUAAACACCCAUCUGCACUAUCAGUGUUGCACUAAUGUGGAAUUUGAAAAACUAUAUUGCUGAUACUGUAUAUCUACACAUCAUUCCUGAUUAGAUUGUUUUAAAGACAAUCUCAGAGGUCUAAGGUUUUAAAAUAAUUUGAUUGGUUUAAAAAUAAUACAGUCAUCUUGAAGGAAUUGCCGUCAUACAUGAAGUUGCUCAGAGUGGCCUUUAUUCUCUUGUUGGUCAAGGUUAACAAGUUCUAAAUGAUUGCAAAUUCACUUAAAUAAUACAUUUACAAAGCCAUUUUACAUGCAUUAAACGAGGGCUACAACAAUAUUAUGUUUUACAAAUACUAGCACUUUUUUUUUUUUUUUUUGCUGUUAUGUACUUAGUGUUAGAGGGUCAAAAUAAUCUUUCUGCUUAGCAUCUCUUAAACCAUACCUGCAAGUAUAGCAGGAUUAUUACAUUUACAGUACUUUAAUACUUGUAUAAACUAUGCAGAAAUUUUUAAUAAAGUGUAAUAUAUUUUAUAAGCUAAUAAGACUGAAUGGGUAAAGGUUUUUAGCAUGCAUUAGUAUACUUGCAAAUACUGAAACAUUUUGGUAAUCUUUCUUACUAAAGAUGUGAAUGUUUAAUGUUCUUUCUCUGUUUCUACUCGGUAGUCCAAUGGGAAUUCAGUAAUGACAUUUUGUCAUGUCAAACUGUGAACAUAAAUUUGUACUGUACAGUCCUCAUAUAUACAGUAUGCAAUAUAUGUAUUAUAUACUUGUUAAUAAAACCAUCAGAAUAUUA